AUGGCUAACGACUCCGAUUCGGACUCUGAUACUUAUAUCUACCCACCCGCACGUGUCAAACCCGUCGUCAUCGUCCUAAAACAAUGCCCUGCUCCUAGGGCCGUCGAGGUUGAGGAGCUUCUCGUCGAGGGCGAAGUCCGAUGGCGACUUACGAAUCGAAAUGGCUGCAACGCUACCCAAACAUUGGAACCACCUUUAGAGCUUGGUACAUGGCACACUUCUGCGAGAAGCACUGAGCGAAUGAAGAGGUCCGAUCGCGGGGGAUCCACAUGGGGCCUGAUUGUCACGUUGAACUUGAACAGCGACCGGCUCAAAGACGUUACGAGACCUAUGCAAGACCCUAUAGAUUCCUUUUGUGACCGAUCGAAGCGGACGCUGAUCGUCAAACUUAAGCACAGGAACGAAGCGAAGGGUGGCCAUCGGGCUAGCCGUCCCGACCAGCUCAAACGCCUGAAAUUCGGGGACUAA